UGUGGAAAUGGGAAUGAAAAGCGUGUGCCGGUUAUUCGUAUUAUUUUAUGAAGGCAGAUUAAUAAAAGACUCUUAACGCGAGAGCAGAAAUCAUUUCCAAACACUUUGCGAACGUUUAACUGCUAUUAUAAUCAGUAAGCCCUCUCUUGUAUUUAUUUUUGCUGAAACAAGUGAAAAUACGUUCAUCAGUUUGAAGUUUCAGUUUCAGAUUUAAAAAAAAAUCAUUUUCGAGUAAUUUUUUGUAACAUUGAAAAUCGAAUAUUUUCGUAUCAUUAGUGUACAACAAAGUUUGGCAGGUAAAAUAUAAUAUGUUGAGAAUCAGGCAAUUGCAAACAAUUUCUGUUAACCUUAAUAUAUCGAGGCAAACGUCCCAGUAUUCCCAGUCUGCUUUUAACGGAAUAAUAUAUAAACAUAGACCAUGCUGUUGUGUAAGAACUUUUAGCAACGACAGUAAAGAUAAGAAGAUACCUUCAAUUAAGGAUGCAUCUGUUAAUUUAAUGAAUGAUUCAAUUCAAUCUUCCGAGCAGAAACACGAUGGCAGUAAAAAAAGUAAAUCGUUACUAUUCGGAAUGUUAUUUACCGCAUUUACUUUAGGAACAAUUUGGUUCAUUAGCCCAACUAAAAAUAAACCCAAGGAAUUUAAGUUAGAAGAAAAAAAGAAGAGACCGAUCCAGAAAAACCCGAGCAACUCCAAAGAUAUUCCAAAAGACGUGCCUUACUUACUAAUCGGUGGAGGAACUGCAUCGUUUACAGCAUUCCGUGCUAUUAAAUCUGUAGAUCCCAAAGCUAAGGUGUUGAUGAUUACUAACGAAAACUUCUACCCGUACAUGAGGCCUCCUUUGUCCAAGGAAAUCUGGUUCAACGAAGAUAAGGAAUUGGUUAAGAAGAAGGCUUUCAAGCAAUGGAACGGCUCCGAAAGAAGUUUAUUCUACGAGCCCGAAGAAUUUUACACCGAUUGCACCUCUCUGAUGGAAGCUCCGAACGGCGGAGUCGCCGUUGCUAGGGGAUGGACCGUCAAGAAAUUAGAUGUAAAUGAGAAAUUCGUGACAUUAGAUGACGGGACGGAAAUCCGUUUCGGCAAAUGUUUACUAGCCACAGGUGCCAAACCGAAAUUACUGCCAGUUUUCCAAGCGGCUAAGCUCAACGAAAAAACGUCGGAUUUGGUGAAAAUCUACAGGGACAUCCACGAUUUCGAGGAUGCCUACAACUUAUUCGAAAAAUCAGCGGACGUGGCUGUAGUGGGAGGCGGAUUCCUGGGAAGCGAAUUGGCUUGCGCUAUGGCUCGUAAAGACGCGAAAGGUAACAAAAACGUGUACCAGAUCUUCAAGGAAGGCGGCAACAUGGGUAAAAUACUGCCGGAAUACCUGUCGGCUUGGACCACUAACAAAGUUAAAAACGAAGGGGUGAAAGUUAUAGCCGAUUCCGAAGUGGUUGCUUUAAAGGAGAAGAAUAAAAAAUUAGAAUUGACUUUAAACGACGGCAACACUUUACUAGUUGAUUAUGCGGUAAUAGCGGUCGGUGUCGAAGCCAAUACGGACUUAGCCGAUGAAUCCGGCCUGGAAGUCGAUCCGGAAUUAGGAGGUUACUUGGUUAAUACGGAACUCCAGGCUAGAUCCGAUAUAUACGUUGCCGGAGAUUGCGCAUGUUUCUAUGACACGAAGCUGGGCAGAAGGCGCUUUGAGCAUCACGAUCACGCCGUUGUUACCGGUAGACUGGCCGGCGAGAAUAUGGCAGGAGCCCGGAAACCUUACCUGCACCAGAGCAUGUUUUGGUCUGAUUUGGGACCUGAUGUAGGAUACGAAGCCAUCGGUAUCGUCGAUUCUACGUUACCUACAGUCGCAGUGUUUGCCAAGAGUGAGAAGAAAACCGCUUCGAAAACAUUAGAGAAUGAAAAUAAGGAUGCUAAGAUAGAGAACGCCGUCGUUGAAGAGGAACAGACCGAGAAAGGUGAAAAAAGGCUGGCGAAAUCGGUGAAGGUGUCGGAGAGCGGCGAUGAAGAUUUCAACAAAGGUGUGAUAUUUUACUUAAAAGACGAUAUCGUCGUGGGUGUGGUGAUGUGGAACGUUUUCAACAAAAUCGGCGUGGCCCGACAGGUGCUGAUGGAUCACAGGAAGUACGAGGACCUAAACGAGGUGGCUAAAUUGUUUACGAUCCACGAGGAUUGAAGCGAAAAAUUUAAUUAAGUUAAUUGAUUACUAAUUUAAGUUGUCAAAUUUCAAUUUGCAUUCGUAUUAAACGUGCAUUUUUGGAUUUUAAGUAGGCAUCAUUGAGAACAAAGUCGCCGUUGUAAUAAAUACUAUGCUAUGUAUUUAAAUAAAUAGAUCUACAUUUGCAAAUACAAUUAAUACAAAACGA